AUCAGAACUCUAAAAUGGAAGUUUUCUUUCCAUUUGAUGCAUCAUUCCUGUGCUCUGUUCUUCAGACAUUAUUGCUCCUUUUGGGACAAAACCACAAGUGUCACAUCUUCGACUUUGGUAUUGACAACUUUUAACACAGUGGGACCCGUGACAGGAAGAACCAGAUAUAUUUGUUUCGAUCUGCAGCCUCACUUGUGCCCUCUUCAAAUCCAAUCCACAAGAUUUUCACUUGGGAUCGCUGUGAAGUCUCUGUGCUGCCUCGGCAUAAUCCAUGGAGCUUUGCUGUUCUGUGGGCUGACCUUCAAGCUCAGCUGCUUUCCUUGUCAAAUCGUCGUAGGAAGAGGGAAGAAAACAACGCUUAACAUUCAGCGUUGCUUUUUUGAGUUUCUGCAAUUUACACCAAAUCAAAAAACAUCAACCAGUAACAUGGCAAGAAUGACUGACUCUCCAGACAGCUUCUUAUGGACACAGCUGAAAGAACAGGACUUCCGAGAGCAAUGUCUCUGAAAAUUUCUCAUUUUAGGAAAAUGAAGGGCAAAAGGAAGACCUGCAAAAUGGAUUCAAGAGCAGAAGGGAUAUCACAGGAUCCCAUGGGGACAGGCUUUGGUGCCCUGCAACGGAAGGAGCUGAGCUCACCCAUUUUUCUCUCUUUUGUUCAGUGUCCCCCAUGCCAAAAUUUAGGUAGGUUUCAUUCUUGCAUCAUUGAACUGGGAGUGGAUACACUGCUACUGAAUUUAUGGCCUUGUUUUAAGCUUCAGAGCUUUGAGACCAGUCAACAGACGGUGUAGAACACGCAGCAUGUGCCCUGAUGCAUACAUUCCAGUUCUCUCUGCCUGCAGGAAGAGAAUACCCUUUUUGUAGUUGUAGGAAGUCAGUGUUUUCCAAGAACAUUUGCCUUGCAGAAUAGGAAGGCAUUUCCGUGACAGAAAUAAUGCAGACAUUUUUUAAAACUGCUUUUGGACUGGGGAGAAUUUUCACUUCUGUAUCUAUAGAGAUACAGAGAAAUAAAAGAGCUUGAAAACGAAAAAUCAUGGACUUCAGCAACGUACUUACAUCUGGUAAGGUGUAAGAGGCACUCAUUCAAAUAAUCUGGUUGGCAAUUGUACAAAGGAUAAUACUGGCAAUACUCAUUCCAGUGAAAAAAACAAGAAAAAAAAGCAAACAAAAUGUUUUUAAUGACUGAUAGCUCAACUAAGUAUAGCAAAUAACAAGUAACGUCUUUAAUUGCUGAAAGCAAAAAUUUCAGAUUUUGUAUACGUAAAGACUGUCCACUAAAUAUUGAAUGAUUUAUUCAAUAUAUUUUUAUAUUAUUGAAAUGGAGUCUUAGAUACACAAAGCCAUACUGGUUGAAAUGAAGAAAUGACUCA